AUGAGUCGGCUGCGCGCCGCCGCCAGGCCGGGGCUGCUCGUGUGCGCGGCCGCCUGCGUCUCCGCUCUCCUGUACUUCAGGAGCGCGGCUCCGGGGGCUCCGGGCGCGGAGCCCCCCACCCCAGCAGUCUCGGAGUGUGGCUUUUAUCCCGAUGAGCUGUGCUCGGCUUUACUGGAGGGCAGAGGGGCAGCCUCACAGGUCGCACGGUUCUGCAAAGCCCCCCUUGGACCGGAAGUGCUCGCUCACCUGCAGGCACCGGGAAACUGCUCCCGGAUCUCCCGGGCGCUGCGCGUCGUGUCCAGGCCCCUGUCCGCCGAGGAGGGCAGCUUCCCUCUGGCGUACGUUGUGGCCGCUCACGAGGACCUGGCCACGCUCGCGCGGCUGCUCGGGGCUAUUUACGCUCCGCAGAACGUCUACUGUGUUCAGGUGGACCAGGGCGCCCCGGAGGAGCACAAGGCCGCCGUGCAGACCCUGGCGAGCUGUUUUGACAACGUCUUCACUUCCCCGAGGAGGGAGGCGGGGGCUCGCCCCGGCCUCACGAGGCUCCGGGCGGACCUGAGCUGCAUGGAGGGCCUGGUCCGCUCCGCAGUUCAGUGGCACUACGUCCUCAACCUCUGCGGACAGGACUUCCCCAUCAAAACCAACAGGGAAAUCGUGCGCUACAUCAGAAGUAAGGGGGACGGCAGAAACCUCACUCCUGGGGUAGUCCAGCCGGCGAAGACCAGAUCCAGGAUGAGCCAGAGCCAGCCGGAAGCCACGCCCAAAGGGAGGGUCUAUGGAUCUCCAAACAAAGGGUUCCCAGAGGAAGCACCCCACAACUUAACAGUCUACUUCGGAAGUGCUCACUACGUGCUAACGAGGGCGUUCGUCCAGUUCGUGCUGACUGACACCCGCGCAAAAGACAUGCUCCGGUGGUCCAGGGCCCUGCAGAGCCCAGAGCGCCACUACUGGGCGACUCUGAGCCGCCUGCAAGACGCCCCGGGCGCCACCCCAGGCGCGGGCUGGGAGGGCAGCAUUCGAGCCACGAAACGGGGGAGCGAGGAGGGAGACGCAUGUGACGGAUGUAAAGGCCGCUCCGACCCGGACAGCUGUGUCUACGGGCCAGCAGACCUGCCGCGGCUGGUGCGGUCGCCUGCCUUGUUUGCCAGCAGAUUCGAGUCCUCGACGGAGCCUCUCGCGGUGGCGUGCCUGCAGAGGUGGCAGCGGCAGCGCGUCCUGCAGCAGGCGGAGGUUCCCGUGGAACCGCACUGGCGUUUCCCGCGGCAGAGUGAUUUCCGUGGGAGCUGAGCCACCGGGCUGCGAGUUACGGGGAGUGUGUGCUUUCCUGCUGGUAUCACUCUGUUUCCUUGACUUGAAAUACGAGAACAUUCAACCAGCGAAGAGAGAUGGGGAAAUGAUCCUUUGAUACACGUUAGCUCUGGACAAGACUGCUAUUAAUUAUUGGCCACUUUCAUGGCUUUGAGAAAGAGAUCACGGAGACUGCAUCUUAAAGCCGAUGCAUUAACGGGGAUCUUGGGGUAAUUUCUCUAGCUUCCUAGGUACAGAAACUUCUCGCUAGCAUGCACCGUCUCCUGUUCAGUUUUUCCUUAGAUUCUCCCCACCUGCACAAGCCUAAGGCGCCUGUGCUGGAUGCUGGAUGCUGAGGCCCAACAUUCCCAGUGCCCACGAAGGCGGCAGAAGCUACAGCACCCGGAGGCCAGAGCCUGAAAAGCGAAUCUGCGGACCACUGUCGAAGACACCCCCCUCCCUAACUGAUUUUCUCACUUUUUCAACCCACCCCCCAGCCCCCAUGAAAAGAACUCACAAACAAACAAACCACCCAGCAAGGGUGUACAUUUUUGUUUUACUCCUGACUUUAAACACCCGCGUACCCACUCGCCCAUCACAAAGACUCGAGAAGCAAAGCCAGAGAGCCGGCAAGUCAAACGCCACCAUGUCCGCCCCUGUGACCUGGACCAGCGCGCCUCAGAAUUUCCUGUGCAC